UGGAGGAGAAGAUGAAGCCUGACCCGGAGCGUAGUCGUUAUCCGCAUUGUAUAGUGUGGACCCCAAUACCAGUUUUGACAUGGUUAUUUCCAUUCAUUGGCCACAUGGGGAUUUGUACAUCAUCGGGUGUGAUCCGAGACUUCGCUGGACCAUACUAUGUGUCUGAGGACUGUAUGGCCUUUGGAAAACCAGUAAAGUACUGGCAACUGGAUCCCAGUCUCAUUUGUGCCGGGGGUUCAAAUCCAUGGGACACAGCUGUUCAUGAAGCAUCUGAGGAGUAUAAGCAUCGCAUGCACAACUUGUGUUGUGAUAACUGUCACUCACACGUUGCUAUGGCUCUGAAUCUAAUGAAAUACAACAACACCUCCUGGAACAUGGUAAAGCUGUGUAUUCUGUGCCUUGUAUACAGCAGAUAUGUCAGUUUUGGUGCAUUUCUGAAGACCUGGGUUCCUUUCAUCUUGUUGGCUGGAGCAGUGGUGACCUUGGUUCUCACUUUACACCUGCGUUGAGGCAGAGAACUAUUCUGGAAUAAGGCAUCAGCUUAAGCCCCAAGAUACUAGUAAUGUCACGCUCUGGAACUAAGGGUGAUCUUAAAGAGAGGACAAUACAUUUUCAUGAUGGAGUCCCCCGAUACCACCACUCCGUUUCAUAGAGACUUGCAUGGAAUAUUUUGGCCAAUGCGUUCUUCCUGUUUUAUUUUGUGGCUCAGACAGGUGGUACUGUUUCUAUUGUUCAGCGGACUGUAGGAUCACCUUCUCAUCGGUUACUGAUAAAAAAAAAGAACAGUUGGUGUCAUGUCAUGCCCAUACACAUGCCCAGUGCAGUAAGUGGUAUGCAGUUCCGAAAAUUGCCUCAUUUUGAACACCUGCUACUAGAAUAUAGAUCGGCUUGCAGGGUUACUACUGAAUAUGUACAAAUAAAUUCUGUUUAAAAAAAAAAAA